AUGGUAGAAGGGAAAUGGAAAUCCCCAGAAGAGAUUCUAAAGCGAGGCCUGACCAACAAAUGUGUCCAACGGGAGACAUCCUCGUGUAUCGCCAUCGAGCUGGUGGGCUACGUGGAUCGGAUGCUCAGGGCAGCCUCGUUCCAGCUCGGGGAAGAUGUCAUGAUUGUUGAUGAGAGCCACGGCGCCGCAGCAGAAAUCCCCAUAAAAUCAGAAACCCUCGCCAGAGCCGGUACAUCAUUAGAAGACCAGGCUCAGCAGUUGAUCAUGGACAAGCUGUGGUACUUCGUCAGCUCACGGUCCUUGAGGUACCGGCUUCUGAAUGACGCUGACCUCGUCAUUUCUGGUAAACAGGAGAAGGAUGGAAGCCUUGGUGUUGGUGUAUCCAUGAAACCACCAAAAGUAUAUGAAAGUGGCAGAGGCCGUCAGAAGCCAUUUGGGCCAGUCCUAGCGCUAGCCGCAUUGAAGUUCGGUCUUUUCGGAGCCCUGACUUUUAAGGUCUUAGCCCUCAUGGUCGGGAAGGCCCUGUUGAUUUCGAAGAUAGCCCUGUUAUUGUCAACCAUUAUUGGACUGAAGAAGCUAUUCUCUUCUCAGGUGACAGACUAG